ACCGGUUCUGUUUCUCUCUAUCUGACUUUGAAACUCUAUUUUCUCGCUCUUAACUUCUUUGAAGGUUCCAAAGGAAAUUUCUUUCCAUAUCGUCCGAUAAUCAUACCUCAAAAGGUAUCAUCUAUUCCCCCUUUGACAUUUAUCUAAUCAAAACUCUCCUUUCCGCAAUUUUUUUUGUUGAUCAUUGUCACCGAGCCUCGAGCCUUUCUAUAUUUUGAGAAUCAAAUUCCAUUUUAUCCUCUCUGUAUCUUUGCUAUUUACCUCAAAUAUACAAAAUUUUCCAUGUAUCUAUAAUCCCCAAAGGUUGAUUCCGGUCUAUAUCUGUCUUUUUUGUUGGUUUACAGUUUACUUGCUAAACAGCUUUGCAUGCUGUCAAUAUAUCUUUUAAUUCAAGUCCUACGCAUACAUUAAACUUCAUUCAAUUAUCAUCAUAAGAAUCAAAAUUUAAUGUUUGUUAAUGGAUAAUUCUGGUUCAUCAUCUUCGUAUCCAAACCACAAUCCCCAUGCAUACCCUCCUCCUCCAUACCAACCACCAAAUGCAGAUCCAUAUCAUGUCCCUUCUUAUCCCUACCCGUAUGAUUCCGCACAUUCUUACCCUUAUGCAUACCCACCCCCACCACCAUCGCCUUCAACGUCGUAUUCAGGUCCUUUAGACUAUCACCACCAUCCUCCUCCCUAUCCAUACCCAUAUCCAGUUGCUCCGAUUCCUCACAGUGCUCCACAACCAACCCUUCAACACCUUAGUGGUUCACAAUAUGGCUCCUCACAUUACCAUUACCAACAACCCGGCUUAUACCCGUCUAUCGAAAGCCCACCCCAAGUCCCUCCCCGGGCCAUUAGUUUUUCCAAUCAUCACCGACAGGAUAGCUCAAGUUCUAUAGAAACUGGGUCAUCCGCGAAUCUUAAUAGUGCAAAUUAUUCCAGCUCUUCUCACACUCCUGCUUACCCACCUUUGGAUGAUCUUUUCCUUAAUGAGCGUUUGUCUGAUAAUCCUACUGCCCCUGCAUCACCCCGUGCUCCUUCGGUGCCACCAUUGACGAGUGCCCCUCCUAGCGCAAGGUACGAUAGGCCAGGGGACUUAUACGCAUAUCCUAACCACUCUUUUCAAAGUAUUUCUGAGGUGUCUUAUUCAAGUCAGAUUGAUUCAUCUGGAAAUUCUGCUUAUGGUCACUCGGGCUCAUUCAAUGCGUCGCAGCACAGUCAGUCCUUGCAGAUUUUGCCCCGGCAGAAUAAAGGAUCAUUGAAGGUGUUGCUUUUACAUGGGAAUUUAGAUAUUUGGAUUUAUCAUGCACAAAACCUUCCGAAUAUGGACUUGUUCCAUAAGACUUUGGGGGAUAUGUUUGCAAAAUUACCAGUGAACAUGAGCAACAAAAUUGAGGGCCACAUGAAUAAUAAGAUAACUAGUGAUCCUUAUGUUUCAAUUUCGGUAUCAAAUGCUGUAAUUGGGACGACUUAUGUGAUUAGCAAUAGUGAGGAUCCUGAUUGGAAGCAACAUUUCUAUGUGCCGGUGGCGCAUCACGCAGCUGAGGUGCAUUUUGCGGUUAAAGACAGCGAUGUAGUGGGGUCGCAGCUUAUGGGAGUUGUGACAAUUCCAGUGGAACAGAUACAUUCAGGGAUAAAGGUUAAAGGAACCUACCCAAUCCUGAAUGGUAGUGGGAAGCCUUGUAAGCCCGGAGCUACCUUGAGUCUUUCAAUUCAGUACACUCCAAUUGAGAAACUGAGCAGUUACCAUCAUGGAGUGGGGGCAGGCCCCGAUUACGAUGGGAUUCCUGGAACAUACUUUCCUCUCAGGAAAGGAGGAAUGGUCACUCUUUAUCAAGAUGCCCAUGUUCCAGAUGGAUCUCUUCCAGAUGUGAUGCUUGAUCGAGGGAUGUAUUAUGUGCAUGGGAAAUGUUGGCAUGACAUUUUUGAUUCAAUACGUCAAGCUCGUCGUUUGAUUUACAUUACUGGGUGGUCCCUGUGGCACAAAGUUAGACUUGUACGGGAUGCUGGUCAAGCAGAUUUCACACUAGGGGAUCUUUUGAGGGCCAAGUCCCGGGAAGGAGUAAGAGUACUGCUGCUUAUUUGGGAUGACCCUACAUCAAGGAGCAUUUUGGGUUACAGAACAGAUGGAAUCAUGCAAACCCAUGAUGAGGAAACUCGCCGUUUCUUCAAGAAUUCUUCAGUGCAAGUGCUACUUUGUCCCCGCAUUGCUGGAAAGCGACAUAGCUGGAUGAAACAAAGGGAAGUUGAAACAAUCUAUACACAUCAUCAAAAAACUGUAAUUGUGGAUGCUGAUGCCGGCAAUAAUAAGAGGAAAAUAAUAGCUUUUGUUGGAGGACUUGAUUUAUGUGAUGGCCGAUAUGAUACUCCACAGCAUCCUAUAUUUCGGACACUCCAAACAGUGCAUAAGGAUGACUAUCACAACCCUACUUAUGCGGGUAACAUUGCUGGUUGUCCACGAGAGCCAUGGCAUGACUUGCACUCUAAAAUUGAUGGUCCGGCGGCAUAUGAUGUUCUGAUCAACUUCGAGGACCGCUGGCUUAAGGCUUCAAAACCCCAUGGGAUUAAGAAACUCAAAAUGUCGUCAUACGACGAUGCCUUGCUUCAGCUGGACAGAAUUCCAGACAUUGUUGGAGUCUCUGAUGCUCCUUGCACCAGUGAGAAUGAUCCAGAAACUUGGCAUGUUCAGAUUUUUCGUUCUAUUGAUUCAAAUUCUGUUAAAGGUUUCCCAAAGGAUCCAAAAGAGGCCACAAGCUUGAACCUGAUGUGCGGGAAGAAUGUUCUGAUUGACAUGAGCAUACAUACGGCAUAUGUUAAGGCCAUUCGUGCUGCGCAGCAUUUCAUUUAUAUAGAGAACCAGUAUUUCAUUGGAUCAUCAUACAAUUGGAUUUCAAAUAAAGACUUAGGUGCUAAUAAUUUAAUCCCGAUGGAAAUUGCCCUUAAGAUUGCCAAUAAAAUUAGAGCAAAUGAGAGAUUUGCUGCAUAUAUUGUUAUACCAAUGUGGCCAGAAGGUGUUCCAACUGGUGCUGCUACUCAAAGAAUUCUAUUUUGGCAGCAUAAAACAAUGCAAAUGAUGUAUGAAACCAUCUACAAUGCUUUGGUGGAAGUUGGGCUUGAGGGAGCAUAUUCACCGCAAGAUUAUCUGAACUUCUUCUGUCUUGGAAAUCGUGAGGCCAUAGACAGAUAUGACACCACUUCAUCUGGGAGUCAUACUGCAGCUAACACUCCUCAGGCACUGGGUCAAAAAAACCGACGAUUUAUGAUAUAUGUUCAUUCAAAGGGCAUGAUAGUUGAUGAUGAAUAUGUAAUAUUGGGUUCUGCAAACAUCAACCAACGCUCCAUGGAGGGCACAAGGGACACUGAGAUCGCAAUGGGAGCAUAUCAACCUCAUCAUACCUGGGCAAGAAAACUUUCUAAUCCGCAUGGACAGAUUUAUGGAUACAGGAUGUCAUUAUGGGCAGAGCAUACUGGAGGCACCGAGGACUGCUUCAGACAACCAGAGUCUCUCGAAUGUGUGAGAAGAGUUAGAACACUGGGCGAGACGAACUGGAAACAAUUUGCCUCAGAUGAGGUGACAGAGAUGAGGAGCCACCUAUUGAAGUACCCAGUUGAAGUUGAUCGAAAGGGCAAGGUGAGGCCCCUUCCCGGCUCUGAAUCUUUCCCAGAUGUAGGAGGAAAUAUAGUCGGCUCAUUUCUUGGCAUUCAGGAGAAUCUGACGAUCUGAGCAGAAUACUGCCUCCUCCUACUACCAAAUAUACAGUACAAGCGAGUACACUUUUGAUAUGUAUUUUUCUCCUAUGUCUGUCUGAAAUCCAUGAUGUAUACAUUAAAUUCUAUUCCACCAUUUGCUGUUUAGUACAGUUUUCAUGACUGGUUUGUACAGUUAUUGUAAGGAAAGUAAAAACAAUAAGAAAAACAGAGAGCAAGGUCGAUGGAGAAGGAAACUUUUCCUCUGGUGUAUUACCUUUUUCAUA